CGCGAUAACGCAAGCAAAAUGCGGUCGCAACGCUCAACCAGGGAGUCGACGUUUUUAAUUGCGUUCAGUUAUUCGCUAGGAAUUGAAUAUGUCUGGCGAGCGAGCGCACCACAGACAGCGACGGAAUAGCUCAAGUGCGAGCAUGGACUCCGCGCCCGCGCCCGACUCUCGCGCCUCGUCUCCGAGCAACAAAUUACGAUUGUCGCAGAAAAAGAGACGAAACCGUUCGAAAAAUCGCACUGCCAGCGAAAGCAACACGGAAAUGAAGGGCUGGCUACUGAAAUGGACCAACUAUGUGAAGGGGUAUCAGCGACGUUGGUUUGUGCUCUCGAAUGGCGUGCUUAGCUAUUACCUCGAUCAGUCUGAAGUCCAUCUGGCGUCGCGCGGAUCGAUAACGCUCAAGGCAGCCAUAAUCGAACACGUGGAUCCCUGUACGUUUGCGAUUUCGGAUAGCAGUAAGCAGCUGAGCUUUCGCAUCAAGGCGGAAACUGAGGCGGAACGACAGACGUGGAUUACAUCGAUAGAGCUGGCCAAGGGCGUGAAGAUGCCAGCUGUUGAUAAAGUAAGUCCUGCUCCCACUGAGGUUAAAAUGAUCAGAAAUCGUCGCACCCGUGUGCCGGACAAGCCCAACUACCCGCUCAGCCUGUGGACGCUCAUGAAGAACUGCAUUGGCAAGGAUCUCUCUAAAAUACCCAUGCCCAUAAAUUUCAACGAGCCGAUCUCGAUGCUGCAGCGCCUGGUCGAGGACUAUGAGUACUCCGACGUGCUCGAUAUCGCCGCCAGCUGCAGCGAUAUGUGCGAACAGCUGGCCUAUUUGGCAGCGUUCACGGUCUCUGCAUAUGCCACGGCAGAGUCCCGGAUUAACAAGCCUUUCAAUCCUCUGCUGGGGGAGACUUACGAAUGCGAUCGCACUGACGAUCUCGGCUGGCGCUGUCACACCGAACAAGUGUCGCAUCAUCCGCCAAUUACGGCUUUGCAUUGUGAGAGCAAAGAAUGGGUAAGCUGGCAAGAAUUCUCGUUGCAAAGCAAGUUUCGUGGAAAGUAUUUGCAGGUAAAUCCAGUUGGCGGGGCCUACGUCUCUUUCCCCGCCACGGGCCGUCGCUAUUUCUAUCGACGCGUGACAACAACUGUGAACAAUAUAAUCGUGGGCAAGCUGUGGGUCGAUCUGGAAGGCCAAUUGGAGAUUGUUGGCAGCAAUGCAGCAAAGGGCUACAAGUGCAUCCUCAACUAUAUACCAUACUCAUAUUUCGGUCGUGAGGAGCAGCGCAGCGUCAAAGGGGUGGUGCUCAAUCCGAAGAAUGAGGUCAAGUGGUUGCUACGUGGCACGUGGAAUGACAAAAUCGAAAUUGCUCCUGUGCUGCACACCAACGGGUCGGCAAAGAACCCCAGCUACACGGCUGGCGAGUAUAGGGUUGCCUGGCAGCGACGUCCAGCUGCCCCUGAUUCGGACAAGUACUACAACUUGCCCGUAUUUGCCUGCCAGCUAAACGAGCCGGAGGAGGGUGUGGCGCCAACGGAUUCACGCCAUCGACCCGAUCAGCGUUGCAUGGAGGAGGGCGCCUGGGAUGAGAGCAAUCGAGAGAAGCUACGGCUCGAGGAGAAACAGCGAGCGGUGCGAAAACAACAGGAGCUAAAGGAGAAACAAGCGAUUGCCGAAGGACGACCCAUUCCGGCCUAUGAGCCCAUGUGGUUCAAGCGGGAGCGCGUGGAGGGCAGCACAGAAUUCAUGCAUAUGUCUAAGAAUACCUAUUGGCAGGCCAAGGCGACCCAAGACUGGAGCGGCUGUCCGAAUAUAUUUUAACAGCUGCGCUAAAAAGUAAAGACAAUCAAUACGAAAUGAAGCAGCAAUAUCUAACCUUUCAACAAAGAGGUGGCUGACUCUUUGUUAUCAUCGUUGUCUUCCGCUAAAAAAAGACGUGAGCAAUCCAAAGAGCAAUGUUAUAAAAUUUACUCAGUUUAUUAGUAAAGUAUUAUUUAAAUAAAGCAACUGUUGCCAGUAAAGAAAAGAA